AUGUCAGUUUCGUACCUCAAGCGCGUCUCGAAAUUGGCGGCGCACGGGGAAGGGCGCUGCAGAUGGAUCCGGAAACUGCCGGAGGCGGGGUCGACGGAGAAAUUGGAGAUGCCGUUUGGGAAGAGGCCGAUUGGGAGACCGUUGGAGGAGAGGACGUCAAACAGGACUUUUCCCCAAAUCAUCCGCCGCCGCCCCAAAUCAUCCGCUGCCGCUUCUCCGCCGCCGCUCCUCCGCUUCCGCUCCUCCGCCGCUACUCCUCCGAUGCUGCUCCUCCGCAAUCCCGCCCUAAAUCGCCCCCAAUCCAAACCAUCCCCCAAAUCGUCCGCUCCGCAAAAAUCCAUCCCCUCACGUCUGCGUAUUUGUAGGAAAAAUCAUGAGUCCAAGUCGCCAUCCAUAACAGAAGCAAUAUCGGAGGUUUGA